UGUGUCUCCUCCCUCCUCUGCCCAGGGCCUGACGCAGGGCUGGUGCUGCCUUUUCAUCCUGUCUAAACCUGAGGAGGGCGGGCUAGACCUGCGUUCACUCACUCAUGCAUUCAUUUAUUCAUAACCUUUAUCAGGUGCAGCAAUUCUGGAGUGUGGGGCCCAGGCUAGCAGCAGCAGAAUCACCCGGGCUCUGGUCAGAAAUGCAGAGUCUCAGGCCCACCCCAGGCCUGCAAGUUCAGGAGUGUGGGAGUGGAUGUGUGUACCCACCCCGCACCGGUUCUCACAAGGUGAUUCUGAGGCUUGCUCAGAUUUGGAAACCGCUGAUCCAGGGUGGUCUUUGUGUUAGGGAUGGGACUAUUGAUCCCUUCCCUCAGGGGAUCCCCAAAAAACCUCGCCCUGAGGGUUCCAGUUCUCUUCUCUGAACUACCAGUGCUCACUUGGGAGUCCAUCUAAGACUUCAGCUAACAAUUUUCCUUGACCAUUAUCCCAAAGCUGAGUCUCAGCAGGACUGAAGCUUUUUCAGAGAAGAGGAGGAGGAGGAGGAGCUGGAGGAGCAGAAGGGGGUUCUCAAUUCUCACUGCUUCAAAAGGUGCUUGAGGAAGGCUUCCCGGAAUGUUGAGGGGCCCAAGAGCGCCGCCUCCUGGUGACAGCAUACAGAGCGGACUCUACCCUGGAGGGACCUCUUAACCAAGCUGGGUUUCUUUUUUUUUUGAGACAGCUCUUGUCACCCAGGCUGGAGUGCAAUGGUGCAUCUUGGCUCACUGCAACCUCUGCCUCCUGGGUUGAAGUGAUUCUCCUGCCUCAGCCUCCCCAGUAGCUGGGAUUACAGGCACCCACAACCCUGCCCAGCUAAUCAUUUUUUUUUUGAGAUGGAGUCUCGGUCUGUCACCCAGGCUGGAGCUCGGCUCACUGCAGCCUCCGCCUCCUAGGUUCAAGCAAUUCUCCUGCCUCAGUCUCCCGAGAAGCUGGGAUUACAGGCAGGUGCCGCCACUCCCAGCUAAUUUUUGUAUUUUUAGUAGAGAUGGGGUUUCACCAUGUUGGUCAGGCUGGUCUUGAACUCCUGACCUCUGGUGAUCCACUUGCCUCGGCCUCCCAAAGUGCUGGGAUUACAGGUGUGAGCCACUGCGCCUGUCCGCAAGCCGGCUUUCUGUGUCUCGGUGGUACCACCUGCCUUGCAAGAAGCCUCCCAGUCAGUACCCGGAUGAUUUGUGUGUUACUGUUGGCACCUGGACGGGCUAAAUUCACAGGAGGAUCUGGGUGGACAUGUUUGCGUGGAUGAUGCCUCCGUGUGACUCGUCCCCAGUUAGCUCCGAGUGGCUCCAGGAUGCAGUGCAUGGUUUGCGUCACCUGUGGUUUUCUUCCGAGGCUGUUUCAGCAAGGCUGAUGGUAAAAUGAGUUUUGCAUAGUCAAUUGCAAGGUCAGUGUUGAGCAGUUCUGAACUUGGUCAUCCGAUUGCCAGGAAGGGUGCAGGGUGCCCGGGAAACACCGUGCAUUCGGCAGGGAAGACUGGGGGGAAUCUUUGGAUGCUGCUCAUGGGAGGCCAGUGCUGCCCUCCAGAAGCUUCCUGGGCUGGACACAUGGUAGUUGGGUGGAGGAGGUGGGCCGGAGCCUGAUGACCCCAGCAGGUCUGCUGUUGACCAAUCUCUUGUUUAUAAUUUGUCACGUCCCCCAGCUGCCUUCAUUAUUUAACAUUUCUCUUGAAAUCAACUCAUUCUUUGUUACUUAAUAUGACUUUUUUUUUUGAGACAGUGUCUUGCUCUGUUGCCCAGGCUGGAGUACAGUGGUACAAGCUCAGCUGACUGUAACCUCCCAGGCUCAAGGGAUUCUCCCACUUCAGCCUCCUGAGUAGCUGGGACUACAGGCAUGUGCCACACACUUGGCUAAUUUUACAACUUUUUGUAAAGAUGAGGUCUCACUAUAUUGCCCAGGCCAGUCUCGAACUCCUGAGCUUGUGAUCCUCCUGCCUCUGCCUCUCACAGUGCUGGGAUUAUAGGCAUGUGCUGGCUAAUUUAAUUUUUUUAAAGACAUUUUUGGCUGCAUGCAGUAGCUCGCUGCCUGUAAUCCCAGCACUUUGGGAGGCUGAAGUGGGUGGAUUAGUUGAGGUCAGGAGUUGGAGGCCAGUGUGAAACCCCAUCUCUACUAAAAAUACAAAUAUUAGUCCGGGUGUGGUGGCAGGUGCCCUGUAAUCCUAGCUACUUGAGAGGCUGAGGCAGGAGGAUCACCUGAACCCAGAAAGCAGUGAUUGCAGUGAGCUGAGAUCAUGCCACUGCACUCCAGCCUGAGUGACAGGGACUCUGUCUCAAAAAAAAAAAAAAAAAAAAAAAAAAGACUUUUUAAAGGACUGUCAAGAGAUCCCUUAAUUUAAUUUUAAAAGGGAGAAAGAAAAAAUAGAUGUCAACAGAAAAUUAGUGGCACUACCCAAAAAUUGAAGGUGAUUAUAAAAACAAAGACAGGCGAAUAAAGCUGUGGCAACAGCUCAUCCUCCACUGUGCCUGCUGUCAGGGCCCCGAGCCUGCUGACUUUCUUCACGCCACAGAAGAAAGCCAGCAGGCUCAGGGCUCUGGUGGGGUUCAUGGACCAGAAAGAUUUUGCCAGAGAAGCAAGAAGGCUUGGAGGUGGGUCUAAAAGAGCAGAUGACUUUCUCACAAUGUGAUACAAGGUAAUUGCCAUCCUGUCUCUUCCUAACACGCAGGCCUUCCACGCACCAGGCCCUGUUCUUAGCUGUUUUUGAUAUUAGCUCACGUUAUCACUGAGGCCAUCCUAAGAGACAGGUCCUGUCCUCGUCCUGGAUUUAGAGGUGAGAACCGGCCCAGAGAGGUCAGCAACUCGCUCAGGGCCACAGAGCAGGUGGGAGAAGGGGAGCUGGAUUUGAAUCAGGACUGUGCUGCUCAGGGCGGCAGCCACAACGUUUUACACCCAGGCAUGCAUGGAUACGACAACCACCCCCUACUCUUGCCGCCAGGCCUCAGCCCCGGUGCUCCUGACACAGGGAGCUUGAUAUUCGAGGGUUCAGCCAGCGACCAGGACUCUUUCAGUGGUGCCUGUGUGACACCAGAUGUCUGGAGUAAUGGAAUACUUAAUCUGAGAUAGGCCUGGUUAUUUUCCUGUCUCUUUCUCCUGUUUCUUUUCUUCUUCUGUGGAUGAAGCAAUUCUCACAGCUCCUGUUGGCCCAGCCCCUGCGAAGCCAACUAACGGGGCGCAGGACACCAGAAUGGUGGUGGCCGGGCUCAGAGGAAGGCGGGGCUUCUCUUGGAGACCGGUGUUGCAGUGGCAGUGCUGGCACCUGUGAGUGCUCACCACUCCGAGGACGUGGAUGUGGGCUCCACCUGGUCUCCUCUGGCCAGGUGGGACAGGCUCAGGUGGGCUGAGACUGGAAUGGGCCUGUUCAGGGAGUGUCCCGCCCCUGUCCCCCAAGGCCCAGCCAUAGAGCCAGAGCUGGUGUGGGUGGGUAGCUGGCCUGGGUAUCGUGGGGUGUGUCUGCAGGCACUGGCAUGGGGACUGGGGCAGUCCUUCCAGGAAGAGCAAUUGGACUGUGGGGAAGGGGGCCCCCAGACCAGGCCAAAGUCCAGGCUCUUCAGGCCGAGGCAGGACUUCAGCCCCUGGCAGCCGGUCAGGCUGCUUCGGAGAACAGGUUGGGAUGGGCCCUGGGGACUGGAUGGUGCUGAAGCCACAGGCAGAAGCAGGAGACCCGGGUGGGGGCUGGGGGCUUCGGGCUUCGUAGGUGGGGAAAUAGGCAGAUCUGACCAACUCAGACUUCACAGGCUUCACCUCCCAGUGCCCUGGCUGGUUUACUCUGCAGAGUGGCAGUGACACGCCAGCACCUCCCAAGACAGGAUUUGAAUCCCCCCAGGGGCUGCCAUCCUUGAGCUCCUGCUUGGGGCCAGCCUCUGUGCCACACCCCCUCCCCUUACUGUGUCCACCUCAUUCUUGGGUACCCCAGGGAGGCGGGCACGGUCCUCAUGAUCCUACUUUACAGGUGAGGAAACUGAGGCUGGGGAAGAUCAACUGCUUUGCCAAUGUCAAGGCAGCUGGAUGGGGGACGGGGCUGGAACACGAGUUUCUCUGACUCCAUAGCCCAUGCUCUUAAUGCACAGGAGAAUAGGUGGGGAUGGGUCCCUCGGCUCCUGGCCACGGCCGCCCAAGUCCCGUGUCAGAGUCAAUCAACGUGACUUUCACUGCCAUGUUUCCGCCUUGUUUGAUGUUAUUUCUUGCCGAGCACUGUGGCUUACAGAUGCUGCUUCCCUGUCAUUCACAAAGAGCCCCCUCAUGCCUUCCCCACCUCCUCUUAGGAAGCUCACCCCUUUUCCAGGACUGACCAGCCUUCCACCCAGGGCCCACCCCAGCGAGAAUGGAGGGGUCCCCGGGCUUGUGAAGCCUGGCAAGGAGAUAGAAAUUUAUCCCGCGCUGGUGCCAAUGGUGGGACCGUCGGGAAGCUGGCAGGCUUUAGGGAAAAGACUUCCCCGUGCUGACGGUCGCGGCUUGGCCUUUAUUCCCAGGGGUACGUGGUGCCGGGCGGGCUUCUCCCAAGUGACAGAGGCGGGGUCUGCAGGUCCCGGCGCCCGCAGAGCUCUCGCGCGCCCCCGCGUGGCCGCAGACCGCAGCGCCGCUUCAGCAGCGGGUUUUGAGGGAGGAGGGGGCCCGACAGGGAAGGGCAGGAGGAGCAGGGGCAGGGUUUUGGGGCCGGCGCGCCGGGAGCCCUGGACCUGGGCUGCGAGGUUUAUUACCAGCACCGUAACAGCCAAGCAGGGAGGACUGGCGCUGCGGGGGACAGUGGCAUGCCGCCUAUGGCCUGGGAUAAGCUGGGGAGGCAGGGUCCGUCCGCGUUCAGCAGAGCAUCACAGCGGGCCGGCCGGCCCAGGGCUGCAGGCGGCUCCCAGAGGCUUCCUGGAAGAGCAAGCAACACGGCAGAUGCAGCAUGACGGCGGGACAUGCGCUCAGGUGGGGCCUGCAGGAUGGCGGCGUGUGGUGAAGCCUUUCACCAGAAGAGAUGGAUGGAGCUUUGAGGAGCCUGGAGCUCUCCCCAGGGCCCACUGAGCCCCCCAGCCUAGGAUUCGCAUCUCCCCGUUCCCGCAGGAGUUUAACAAGCAUGGUGCUCGGCUGGGUCCUGAACGCACAGAGGCUCCUGCGCUCAUGACGGGGUGAUGGCCCUGGAAACCAUUGCAAGUGGAAUAUAUCCUACGUCAAACAUGCAUUUGCUGGCUGGGCGCCGUGGCUCACAUCUGUAAUCCCGGCACUUUGGGAGGUCAGGUGGGCAGAUAGCUUGAGCUCAGGACUUUGAGACCAGCCUGGCCAAUAUGGUGAAGCCCCAUUUCUCAUAAAAAUACAAAAAUUAGCUGGGUGUGGUGGUGGUGCAUGCCUGUAAUCCCAGCUACUCAGGAGGGUGAGGCACGAGAAUGGCUUGAACCCUGGAGGCAGAGGUUGCCGUGAGCCGAGAUUGCGCCAUUGUGCUCCAGCCUGGGCGACAGAGUGAGACUGUAUAUAUAUAUAUAUACAAAGUGCAUUUAGUAUGCUGGCCAGCUCAGCCCAGCCGACCUCAGCUGCGCUCGGACGCUCCCAUUAGUCUAUGGGUGGGCAAAAUCAGUGCACACAAAGCCUGCUUUUUUUUGGUUUUUGAGACAGACUCUCAAUCUGCCGCCAGGCUGGAGUGCAGAGGUAUGAUUAUAGCUCACUGCAGCUUCAGACUCCUGGGCUUACACAAUCCUCCUGCCUCAGCCUCCAAGAAGCUGGGACUACAGGCAUGUGCCACCAUGCCUGGCUAAUUAAAAAAUGUGUUUUGUUUUUUUUUUGUAGAAAUGGGGUCUCGCCAUGUUGCCCAGGCUCAAGCCACCCUCCUGCUUUGAUUUUCUUAAGUGCUGGGAUCACAGGCGUGAACCACUGUGCCCUGCUCACAAAGCUAUUUUAUAAUAAAGUGUUGAGAAUCUUG